AUGCAGCCGGCUUUGCUGUCGCCUUACGCCUUCAACGAAUUUCGGCAGUAUCCAAAUCUGCGAAACGGGCUGAACGAGGACGGCCUCCUGGCCAAGUCAGGCUUCUCGGCCGGGGUCGUCUCAAUGUCGGCCUACGGGAAAUCCCCUCAACAACAAGCAGGUAUAUCUUAACCGCACCUAUAGCCUCCCCCCUUAUGUCCUCGCCCUGGAAGGCUUGUCUAAUCUAUCCUUUGUCUGCAGAAUAUGAUACGAGACCUACGCAAACCCAGCACCUCCCGAAUCCUCAACAGCCCGCCUAUGCUUAUAACCACUCUCAGGCUCAUUAUGUACCCCCACCGCAGCAGCCCAGUCACAUUUCUCAUGGCCCACCACCGCCACAGCAACAUUCUAGUAGCUUGAAUGAACCCCCUUAUCCCACUCAGGGGUUUGAAGAUCAGGGCCCAAGGGUAAUGGGAUAUCGUCCCACACAGGGAGCCGAGGGAGGAGCCUUUUCCGUGCUUCUACAAUCUCCUACCGAUUUGACUACUGACCCUCGCUCCUUCCGAUUCAUGUUCGGCUCACGAAGGUGCAACACGACUGUCUGCAGAGAGGAAAGUGCCGGGAUGUAUCGGUUGACGGGUGAAAUUCCAGCCUUUUCGUUGACGGGUUGGGUAGCCCCUCAGGUGACGGUCUAUUUGAACAUUGAGGAUGCCGACGGUCAGGAGCUGGACACGUUCGAUGUUGGCACCUUCACGUACACGGAUAUUUCAGCGCAGCAGCCAUUUAGCUCACCUCCCAGGGGGAGUCGAAAGCGGAAGAGCACCGUAGAGCCCGAUGAAGCUUCAUCGAGGGGUCCAGCAAAGAGACCUACCAGCCAACCAAUACGCCCAAAGAGUGAAGAUUACGGCUACGGUUAUUCCCCUGCAGGCCCGAGUGGGAUCCCUCCAUUCGCGCCACACUCCAACGACGAUAGAGGCUAUCUUUACUCUGGGUAUAGCCCCGAACAGUCCGCUCAAGGUCCUGGAUAUCGCCCACAGACGUCGCCGCCGCGGGCUUAUGGCUAUCCCUCAUACCCAGCUGGUAGUUCGCAGCCUGCGCAGACAGGGCAACCAUGGGUUCAACCGUAUCCGGUGCAGCCAUCGGGUGCGCAGCCAUCCGCACCGCGACAAAUGAGAUCAGACUCUUCCCCCAACCAGCCUCCUGCUUCCUUGCCCUCACCGUCCAACACACCAAACCCAACCUUGAUCAGGACAUCUACUUUGCAACAAGCCGCCCACUCGGCUCCACCCUCAGCGCAAGGAGGGCCCAGCGGCACAGGCACCGGCUUCAACCCUUACGGGCUCUAUCCAGAAAAGGCAGUUCUCGACAUUCAGGGAGAGCUGGGGGAUAUGGCGCGAAAUUGGAAUCCCGAGGAGUGGGACAGCAGGAGGAGAUUGGUGCAAUUCUGGCGACGACAGAAGGGGAGCACGAUCCACACCACAUUCCGACCCGUGGCGCCAAAUGACAGGCAACCAAAUAGCAUUUGCAUCAGUUGUAUUUGGUGGGCGGAGAAGUCAGAAUGCUUUGUCACUAGCGUUGAUUGCAUUUAUCUACUGGAAUCCUUGAUUGCCGUACGGUUUACGGUCGAGGAGAAGAACCGAAUUCGACGGAAUUUGGAAGGCUUUAGGCCGCUGACCGUAUCGAAAGCCAAGUCUGACAGCGAGAACUUUUUCAAGCUCAUCAUGGCUUUCCCCAACCCUAAGCCUAGAAAUAUUGAGAAGGAUGUCAAGGUUUUCCCCUGGUCUGUACUAGGGCAUGCUCUGAAGAAGAUUAUUGGUAAAUAUGUAGGCCACCCCCUUCCGUAGCCUUCCCCCCCUAUUGUGAUGCAUUGCUGAACAUUCCGACAGUGCGCCAGUUACUCCUCAACGGCCUCGGUAAUUCCUGCUGCUCCAGGCGCUUCUGCAUAUCCCGGUGGAUCCGUGAACGAACCGUCACAAUCUGGUUCGAGUGAGACUGCAGUCGCUCCAGUGCCCUCGCCCCCGACGGCGGCAGGCCCGACGUCUUCGUCAUCUGGGGUAUCAGCAGGUCUAACCGGAACCGCGGGUCCGCCGCCAAUAAAGCAAUCAUCUGCCACCUCGUCCCCCUCGACCCAUCGCCCUGGCGGUCCAUCAGACUUACCAGCUCAUGUUCCUGCAUUGCCACCGCCAUCCGCCGGUCAACCGGGGCAGCAACCCCUCUGGCACCCCCACCAACCACUUGCCCCGAGCCAGCAGCAAAUGUCUGCGCAGGGGCAGCGUCCCUCAUGGGAUCUAACAUCCUAUCUUGAUCCUAGCUCUGCACCGGGAAAUACCGCAGGGACACAAGUGGUUCACUAUCCGCACGGGCCCGUUACAGCAGAAGGCCGAGAAUCGGUUUCGGGUACUGCACAGCAAGGCCAACUACCGGGCGAUGUCUCUUGA